AUCAAGGAUUGCAAUUUGCAACACGGCGUAAUGAGAUUGUGGUCGGGAAGCGCGUGUCAAGAAGUGUAAUUUACAAAAUAUGAACGACAAAAAAAUCUCCAUUUCAUCCCAGACGCAUCACCUCUGCCCUCUUCAAUUCCACGAAUCUUCCUCUAAACCCUAACCCUAAUUUUGCAUUCCCUUUCUCUUUCUCUCCCAUGAAUAGGGAUUGCCUUCCCUUCAUCGCCACGUACCUCGAUUCCCUGCUAAAAAAACCCUGAAUUUGAUGCAUAUGACAAACCCUAAGUUUCUCGAUCCCAUGGCUCCAUCUCAUUCUCAGUCCAUCAACAUCUCACCUUUUCAGGCGAUGAACAGUUCUCUUCCCCCUCCACCGUCGCCGUCGUUUCCCUACUGGGACGAGGUGUGGUACGGCAACAUACAGUAUCUACUCAACAUCUCGGCAAUCGGUCUGUUCUGCUGCGUGUUCAUUUUCUUCUUCGUCAAGCUCCGUAGCGAUCACCGGCGGAUUCCGGGCCCGGCCGGGGUGGCUGCCAAGCUCCUUGCUGUUUGGCAUGCCACCGUCCGAGAAAUCGCUCGUCACUGCGGCGCAGAUGCCGCGCAGUUCCUCCUCAUCGAAGGCGGAAGCUGCGCCUUAAUUCUGUCUAUUGCUGUGUUCUCAACGUUUCUAAUGCUUCCGCUCAAUCUAUACGCGGGUACGGCGGUGAGGGAGGAUCAGUUCUCAAAGACCACGAUCAAUCAUAUCGAGAAAGGUUCGGCUUUACUUUGGAUACAUUUCUUGUUUGUCGUUAUUGUUGUCUUUUUGGUGCAUUUUGGUAUCUCUGCAGUUGAAGAACGACUGAAAAUCACUAGAUUUAGGGAUGGGUCUGGGAACCCCAGUGAUCCAAAUGCCAGUUCGACUGCAAUUUUCACUAUAAUGGUACAGGGGAUACCAAAAACUUUAGGGGCUGAUAGGACUCAGCUACAGGAGUAUUUUCAACAUAAGUAUCCGGGAAAGGUGUACAGAGUUAUUGUUCCUAUGGAUUUGUGCGCAUUGGAUGAUUUAGCUGAGGAGUUGGUGAAAGUUAGGGAUGAUAUUUCUUGGUUGGUAGCUCGAAUGGACUCCAGACUCUUGGUGGAUGAAAGUGAAUAUGGUGAAAGUGGAGAGUCUUUUGCAGAGGGGUUAUGGGGUCAUGUGGUUUUGAUGUGGAGAAGAGUAAAGUAUUUGUGGAAUCAGGUUGUUGCAAGAUUGGGUUUUACAGAUGAAGAGAAGUUAAAACGGUUGCAAGAUUUGAGGGCUGAUUUAGAGACUCAACUGGCUGCAUAUAAAGAAGGGCGUGCACUGGGUUCUGGGGUUGCAUUUGUGAUGUUUAAGGAUGUGUACACAGCAAAUAAAGCUGUUCAGGAUUUUCGAAAUGAGAAAAAGAGGCGGAUAGGAAAGUUCUUUUCUUUGAUGGAGUUGCGAUUGGAGAGGAACCGUUGGAAAGUUGAGAGAGCCCCACUAGCUACUGACAUUUACUGGAAUCAUUUGGGCUCGACAAAGCUCUCGCUGAAAUUAAGGAGAGUGGCUGUGAACACAUGCCUACUAUUGCUGCUUUUGUUCUGUAGCUCUCCUCUUGCUGUGAUCAGUGCCAUGAAGAGUGCUGGACGGAUUAUCGAUGCAGAGGCAAUGGAUAAUGCACAGAUGUGGUUGGCCUGGGUGCUGAGCUCGAGCUGGGCUGCAAGUAUAAUAUUUCAGUUUCUGCCUAAUGUUCUUAUUUUUGUGAGCAUGUACAUAGUUAUCCCAUCAGCCCUUUCUUAUCUCUCUAAAUUUGAGCGACAUAUCACUGUAUCUGGGGAGCAAAAAGCUGCACUUCUAAAGAUGGUAUGCUUCUUUUUGGUAAAUCUCAUACUCUUGAGGGCUCUGGUUGAAUCGUCUUUAGAGAGUGCAAUCCUGGGGAUGGGUCGUUGCUAUUUGGAUGGAGAAGAUUGCAAAAGGAUUGAACAGUACAUGAGUGCAUCAUUCCUAUCGAGGUCAUGCCUUUCCUCUCUUGCAUUUUUAAUCACAAGUACCUUCUUGGGAAUAUCUUAUGACCUAUUGGCACCAAUUCCUUGGAUAAAAAAGAAGCUUCAGAAGUUCAGGAAGAAUGACAUGCUUCAGCUUGUUCCAGAACAACGUGAAGACUACCCAUUAGAAAAUCAGGAAAUAGAUAGUCUUCAAAGACCUCUGAUGCCUGAAACAACAUUUGACACCAAUAAUGAUUCUAGACUGAAUGGAAUUGAUCUACAGGGACAAGAUCUUUCGGAAUAUCCUCCUCCAAUCAACAGAAUCUCACCUAUGCCUAAGCAGACGUUUGAUUUUGCACAAUAUUAUGCAUUUAAUCUGACUAUAUUCGCCCUGACCUUGAUAUAUUCUUCAUUUGCUCCACUUGUGGUCCCUGUUGGUGCAAUUUAUUUUGGGUAUAGGUACGUUGUUGAUAAGUACAACUUUCUAUUUGUAUACAGAGUUCGGGGCUUUCCUGCAGGCAAUGAUGGGAAGUUGAUGGAUACUGUAUUGUGUAUUAUGCGCUUCUGCGUUGAUUUGUUCCUCCUCUCAAUGCUCAUGUUCUUUUCAGUGCAAGGAGACUCCACAAAGUUGCAAGCUAUAUUCACGCUUGGAUUGUUAGUAAUUUAUAAACUGUUGCCUUCCAGUAAUGAUAGUUUCCAACCAGCUCUUUUGGAAGGUAUUCAGACUAUUGACAGUGUAGUAGAGGGGCCAAUUGAUUAUGAGGUUUUCUCACAGCCCAACUUUGACUGGGAUACAUAUUAUACAUGAUUCAAGUUUUAACACCCUUUGCCAAUUGUGAUUGUUAUGUUGUACUGUGCAUAUUAGCCUUUAAACAAAAAUCUUUUUGUGGUGUUCCUGUA